GUCCCCGCCCGUCUCCGCCGCGGCGCGCCCGCCCGCCACUGCGCUGCGCGCCCCACGCCUUUUAGCCGCCCACCGCACCCGCCUUUCUCACCCCGCUCGAUCGCCCCGGUACGCCUCCGCUCCGCAUCAUCACCGCAUCCGCGCAUCGCAUCGCGUCGCCUCGGCAUUCUCCAGCCUCCGCCUCCCUCCCUCCCUCCCUCCCGCGAUCUCGCGAACCCCUGCUAGAUCGCCAUGUCCAAGCCCUGGGGCGGCCUCGGCGGCGCCGGCGCGUGGGCGCUGGACGCCGAGCGCGCCGAGGAGGAGGAGCGCGAGGCCGCCGCCAACCCGCCCCCGGUGCCCGCCCCCGCCGCGGGCUUCCCCAGCCUCCGCGAGGCCGCCGCGGGCGCGGGCCCCGGCGGCAAGUCGAAGAAGAAGAACAAAGGCACCACGCUCUCGCUCUCGGAGUUCGCUGGCUACGGGCCGGGGCGACGGCAGGCGCCGGCGCCGGCGCCGGAGCCCAGGGGGCUCACCCCGGCGGAGAUGAUGAUGCUGCCCACGGGGCCCCGGGAGCGGUCCGCGGACGAGCUCGACCGGCCCCGCGGCCUCGGCGGCGGCUUCCGCUCCUACGGCUCCGGGGACCGCGGCGGCGGCGGGUUCGACGACGACGGCCGCCGCGGGCCGCCGGGCAGGGGCGCGGAUCUCGACAUGCCCUCCCGCGCUGACGAGGAUCGCGACUGGUCCAUGAGCAAGAAGUCGCUCGCGCCCUCGCCCGCCGACUCCGCUCCCCGCAGCCGGUACGGGGGACUCGGGGGCGGCGCGCCCGCGUCCGUCGGCCGCGCCGACGACGAUGGCGACUGGUCGCGCGGGAAGAAGCCGCUGCCGUCAGCCCCGUCGCGCUACCCGAGCCUCGGCGGCGGCGGCGGCUUCCGCGACUCGCCCGUCUCGACCGACUCCUCCGACCGCUGGUCCCGUGCCGCGCCGACCAAUGGCGAGCGGGACCGGCCCCGCCUAGUGCUCGAUCCGCCCAAGCGCGACGCCUCGGCCACCCCUACGCCACCUGCUGAGGCGGGGCGCAGCCGGCCGAGCCCAUUUGGGGCCGCCAGGCCGCGGGAGGACGUGCUGGCCGACAAAGGGCUGGACUGGAAGAAGAUGGAGACUGAGAUCGAUCAGAAGAAGACUAGUCGUCCUACCAGCUCACAGUCGAGCAGGCCGGAGAGUGCUCACUCCUCACGACCUGGGAGCCCCGGGUCACAGGUAUCAGCUGCGGGUAGUGAAGGCGUGCUGAGGGCGCGGCCAAAGGUGAAUCCUUUUGGGGAUGCAAAGCCAAGGGAGGUGAUUCUGCAGGAGAAAGGGAAGGACUGGAGGAAGAUUGACCUAGAGCUGGAGCAUCGUCGUAUUGAUAGACCGGAGACAAAUGAUGAGAAGGUGUUGAAAGAAGAGAUCAACCUACUUAAGUUGGAACUCAAUGAAAAUGAAGCCAAGAUGAGUGAUGAUGAUGCAAAAAGUUUAGCUGAGAAGAUAACUCAAAUGGAAAAACAGCUUGAGCUUCUUACAAUUGCAAUGGAUGACAAGAUCAGAUUUUCGCAAAGACCUGGUUCUGGAGCAGGGAGGGUUACAGCAUCCCCACCAACUAAUUUUGCAGAUGAAUCCCUAAUAAAAGAGUCCAUGGAAAGGCCAGGUUCCCGUGGUGGCAUGGAUCAAUAUCCAAAACCAACUGAAGAAAGAUGGGGGUUUCAGGGGAGCAGAGAUAGAGGCUCUUUUGGUGGCAACAGAAGUUCAGACAGGUCUUCAGCAGGACAGAGAUGGUGAGGCGUUGGCAGUCAGAUUUUUCUCUUCACUUUUAGAUGGCGCACAAAUAAUAUAUGUUCUUGUUGCUGCUUGACUCCCAUUUUGUUUGGCUUGGAAGAGUAGAGAGGAUCGUGGACAAAAAAGAUUGCUUUGCACCAAGUCUUUAAUUACCACCUAUAUGGUCGUUUUUCUAUUUUGGUCUUUUUUUCUGUUUGUAAUUUUUGUUUUAUCCUUCUCUUCCAUGUCAAAACAAGUGUGACCAACCUUUCAUAGACUAACUAUUGUUCUUGCCUCCUGCAUGA